AUAUAACUCUCUAGGCCUUCAUAUCCAUAGAAUUAAACUUGGUGGCUGAUCUCUAAUUCUCAAAAAUGGCCAAGUUUUGGCCUCUUAUGUUAUAUGCUUGGGCAGUAUGCUUCAUGGCAACCAAUGUAGCUGCUACUUCCAAACCUUAUAUUUAUGCAUCUCCACCUCCUCCACCUUAUGUUUACAAGUCUCCUCCACCACCAUCUCCGCAUCGACUUCCUCCUUACAUCUACAAGUCUCCGCCUCCUCCUUCACCUUCACCUCCACCUCCACCUAAGCAUUACUAUAAGUCUCCUCCUCUACCUCCUAAGUACCACUACAAAUCACCACCUCCUCCAUCACCAUCACCUCCCCCACCUUAUAUUUACAAGUCCCCACCACCACCAUCUCCAUCCCCACCUCCUCCAUACAUUUACAAAUCUCCUCCUCCCCCAUCUCCAUCACCUCCACCUCCAUAUGUCUACAAGUCUCCACCACCACCAUCACCAUCCCCGCCACCUCCUUAUGUAUAUAAGUCACCACCUCCACCAUCACCAUCACCACCUCCUCCAUAUGUCUACAAGUCUCCACCACCCCCAUCCCCAUCACCACCACCUCCCUAUGUCUACAAAUCUCCUCCACCUCCAUCUCCAUCACCACCUCCUCCAUAUGUCUACAAGUCUCCACCACCCCCAUCCCCAUCACCACCCCCUCCCUAUGUCUACAAAUCACCUCCACCUCCAUCCCCAUCACCGCCACCUCCUUAUGUAUACAAGUCUCCACCACCACCAUCUCCAUCCCCACCACCUCCAUACGUCUACAAAUCCCCACCUCCACCAUCUCCUUCACCACCACCUCCAUAUGUCUACAAAUCCCCACCUCCUCCAUCUCCCUCACCACCUCCUCCAUAUGUUUACAAGUCCCCACCUCCACCAUCCCCAUCCCCACCACCUCCUUAUAUGUACAAGUCUCCACCACCCCCAUCUCCAUCACCACCACCUCCCUACGUCUACAAGUCUCCGCCUCCACCAUCCCCAUCGCCUCCUCCUCCAUACCUUUACAAAUCACCACCUCCACCUCCCCUUGUAUACUAAAUUAAUUAGUCAACAAUUUCUGCUUUAUUUAUGUUUCUGGUUGUUUGUAAUGAAUAAUCGCAGCUGCAAGAAGAAUUCUGCAUUUCUUUCUUGUCAAAUGAUUUAUAAUAUUCGUUGAUUAUUAGUUAUGUCACGAAGAAUAAGAGAAUUGGGACGUAAAGAACAAGGGCAUGAAGCUGGGCUUGAGCGGCUUUAAUUUCCUGUCUAGUUUGUUCAGUGUGAUUAAUUUCUAUACUUUUGUACUCUCAUGUGUUCAAAUUUAAUUGAUUUGUACUAUCCAUAAGAUUUAUAUGUCAGUUUAUUAAUUAAUUAAAAGAAAAAAAGAUUUGUUUCUAUGUAUAAUUUAUUUAAUUUUGCGGGAA